GCUAUUUAAAUCACUGACGGCUGUUACUGACUCGGGCAUUGUAGCUCACUGAAAGCAGUGUCUGGCAUGCAGGAGACACAAUAUCUUGACCUUCUUAUGUUUAUUGGAGCUGGUCAAAUUAUUUUAGAUGCAGAAUUUACUGACAGAUUUGUUUUGAGGUGCUAAGUCCAUAGUUGCAGCAAUUCGUGUCUUCUGCUGAGAUCAAAGUGGAUAAUUUGCCUCCCUCCCAUCAUCACCUGAAACCUCUGCAAUGUUUACUGGUCACUUUUGGAUUAGGGCUAUGCACUGAACAGACCAAGCGCAUGUAUGAUGAAUGAUCUUGAUCACAGUGUAGGCAGUCCCAUCUUCUUGCGUCAUAAUGCAACAGAUUUCCUACAGGUACGUGGGAAGGACACCCCCCACUGGAUUGGUGGGGCCCGGCCCCUGCGAUGCGUCGUUCUGCCCCCCCACCACUCGCUCGCAGCCGUCAGAUCGCCAUCCGAUGGUGCAUGCUCCCGUCGCUCGAUCCGACGAUUGGCAAUCGAUCGAGGUCCGCAGGAGGACUAGAUGUUUCUAGAAAGUUCAAAAACACCAUCCGAUACGCAUGCCUUCCCAUUUGCCGCUCUCUCUCAACGGUCCGCAUGCCGAACUCGCCAGUCCUACCUGAUUCCUUUACCGGGGCACUGAUGGCAGAGCCCGAAAUGGGACCCAACCCCUGCGGGGCAACAAAGCUGUUCUCAGUGCGGUACGUUGGCCCCGUAAAAGUGCACCGCCGCCUACUAAAUAACACAUAAAAUCUAAUUUGCUCUGUUUUUCAUGUGCAGAAAAAUCCGGAUUAAAUUAAGUGAAAAUUCCAAAUUAGAAAAUAGUUAAGUGUAAGAAACUUGCAAUACGGUUUUAUUACCGUAAUAAAACCUUAAGAUGAGAGAGAGAGAGAGAGAGAGAGAGAGAGAUUGGGUGUCCUGUUGUUAUUUCCCCUUCUCCCUUGCUUCAUUUAUAUGAUUUCGGCUAACCACUAGAACAAGGGCUUUAGACUCCUCUCUCUCUUCCUUUCGAUGAGUAACAAUGUAAGAGGUGUUUCCGUGUGCAUCGUGUGUUUGUUGUAGUUCUUCUGCGCCGGAAGUACUACAGUAUUGUAACAGUGUGUGAGGUUGCAGCGAGUAGGGUCACCGGCCCGCAUGGCUUCGCCGCUCCUUCUCCUUCUUGCCGGCGCCGUCCUCUUGCUAACCUCCCACCCCGGCGGCGCCACCGACCUGGGCUCCGACACGGCCGCCCUCCUCGCCUUCCGCGACAGCGUUGGCCGGUUGGCGCUGCCGUCUUGGAACGCCAACUCUCCCGGUGCGCCCUGCUCGUGGCAGGGCGUCGCCUGCGAGUCCGGCCGCGUCGGCUGUCUCCGCCUCCCCGGCGCCGGCCUCAUUGGCCGUAUCCCCGCCGCUGUCGGCAAUCUCACUUCCCUCCGAACCCUCAGCCUCCGCUUCAACGCCCUCUCCGGGCCCCUGCCGCCGGAGCUCGCCAGCCUCGAUGCGCUCCGGAACCUCUACCUGCAAGGAAACCGCUUGUCCGGGGACAUCCCGGGGUUCCUCUCCUCCCUAAAGAACCUCGUCCGCCUCAACCUCGCCGGCAACCAGUUCACCGGCGGGAUUCCACUGGAGCUCAACAACCUCACCCGGCUCGGGACGCUGUUUCUUGACAACAACCAGCUCACCGGCGGGAUCCCGGACCUCGAUCUCUCCAACCUCGUCCGGUUCAACGUGUCUUACAACCAGCUCAACGGAUCGAUCCCGGCUAGGCUCCGCUCUCAGCCGGCGAGCGCAUUCCUGGCUACGGGCCUCUGCGGUGGUCCCCUCGGGCCGUGCCCGGGCGAGAUCGCGCCGUCUCCAUCGGCGGAGGAGCCGGCCGCCGAGAAUGCCGGCAGCGGGGCAGAGAAUAACAGCGAGAAGAAGAAGAACAAGAACAAGCUCUCCGGCGGGGCGAUCGCCGGGUUCGCAAUUGGUGCCGCAGCCUUCUUGCUCAUCGUGCUUGUGGUGCGGAUACUUGUCUGCCGCCGGAGAAAGAAACGGCCGGCGGGCGGCGGGAAGCAGAUCGCGAUGGUGGCGGCUGCUCAAGAGCAGAGGGAUAAGGGUUCAGGGGAACGAGGAACAAACGGCAACGGCCCUGCGGCGACUCCAGUGGAUGCAGCGGUGAAGGCUGCGACGUCAGCUGCCGGGGAUAAGAAACUGGUGUUCUUCGGCCGGGGAGGGGCAAGGCGGUUCGACCUGGAGGAUCUGCUGCGAGCGUCGGCGGAGGUGCUGGGGAAGGGCACGUUCGGGACAACUUACAAGGCGGUGCUCGAGACUGGGAUAACGGUGGCGGUGAAGCGGCUCAAGGACGUGAAUCUGCAGGAGCAGGAGUUCAAGGAGAAGAUGGAGGCCAUCGGGGCGAUGGACCACCCCAAUGUGGUGCCCCUCAUGGCAUACUACUUCAGCAAGGAUGAAAAGCUCCUCGUCUAUGAUUACGUGCCAAUGGGGAGCCUCUCCGCCCUCUUGCAUGGCAACAGAGGAUCUGGUCGAACGUCUUUCAACUGGGUAACACGAAUUGGAAUUGGACUUUCAGCAGCACGUGGCAUCGAAUAUAUUCACUCGACAGGCCCUUCAUCCUCACAUGGCAACAUCAAAUCCUCCAACAUCCUCCUCACCAAACCAUAUGAAGCCCGUGUGUCCGAUCAUGGCCUUGCCCUUCUCAUGGGUUCAGCUUCCACUACGACCCGGAUUGCAGGAUAUCGUGCCCCGGAAGUUGCUGACCCUCAAAAGGUCUCUCAGAAGGCUGAUGUUUAUAGCUUUGGUGUUCUCCUGCUUGAGCUGCUCACGGGCAAGGCCCCGGCACAGGCCCUACUCAAUGAUGAAGGCAUCGACCUCCCAAUAUGGGUCCAAUCGGUUGUGAGAGAGGAGUGGACAGCAGAGGUGUUUGAUGUGGAGCUGCUGAGGUACCAGAGUGUGGAAGAGGACAUGGUGCAGCUCCUGCAGCUUGCCAUAGAAUGUGUGGCACGGUUCCCAGACAAACGGCCUUGUAUGGCCGAGGUGGUGAUCCGCAUCAGUGAGAUCAUAAAAUCGAGCCGAGGAUCUUCCUACCAAGACCAGCAGAGCAGCCCACAAAGCAUUGACGAUGGUGAUGACCAGGCCUCUCGCCAGUAUGACCCAGUCAAUGUACCGAACCCUCCUGGUGAUGAAUAGACCAAAACUUAGCUCUUGGGCCCUGCAUUCAGAGCAUGACUCCCAUCUCUGGAGCCAUGGUGGUUUUUCUUUUAAAUCAUUUAUUGUGAUUAAGCAAUAUGUGCAUGCUGUUUGUUCCUCUUUCCUGCAUUUCCACAUCACACAUACUAUUGUCUGGGCAUAGGUUCUUCAUAUGGUACUUUACUUGUCAUUUUCUAUCCACUUUCCUUCUCUCUUGUAGGAUUUCUAGUGGCUGCUGGUGGACUGCUCCUGUAAUUAGUCUUUUUCUUGCUUGGAAUCUUCUUGUUUAUCAUAUAUAAGUUGUAAGGUGGUUGAGCAAUUGGUCCAGCAGGAAUAGAUCUUUGAAAGGGCCUCUCUUUUACUUC